CCUCUGGCCCCCAAGCUGGUAGAGGAAGGGGGUGGGGCGAGCCUGUGUUGCUGCUGGCGUCUGUCUGCACUCACCUGCAGAAAUGACUCUUCUCUGGAGGGCACGUUGGCCUCGUCAGAGGGUCACUCGAGGGUCUCCCUGGGGGUCUCUCACCUGUGGUCCCUCACUUAGGGGCUUCCCAGACAUCCUUCAGCCCAGGGUUUGCAGAUUUUUGGCCCACCUGCAACAAGCCCACCACCCCUCCAGACAACCCUGUAGGGCAAAGGCCUGCUUCCUGCCCCCUUUCCCCAAUCCCGUAACGCCACACACCUGGGCCAGAGGAAGCACGGCCACCCUUCCUCCUGACCAGCUGGGAGCGUGGCCUUCACCACUGCAGCCCCUGCACCUCUUUGUCUCUCAGAGCCGCUGCCACCAGCCGACACCAGCUUCUGAGCCCUUGGCCUCCGGGAGCACAGGUCAGGUACUCCCAGGAAGGCCCUGCCACUCAGCAGUGGUGAGUGGAAGGGGAGGGAAAUCGCUGCAUCGUACCUGACACCUGCAACGAAGUGCUGGGAUUACAGGCAUGAGCCACCGCACCCGGCCAAGAAAUCUUGAUAUAUUCUGGAUUCCAGACUGUUACCCAACGUAUGAUUUGCAAACAUUUAUUCCCAUUGUGUUAAUCUUUUCCGUUUCCCGAGCAGUGUCGUUUGAUGCGGAAAAGUUUUUAAUUUUGAUGAAGUCCAGUUUAUUUUGUGGUUGCAGUCCUUUUGGUGUCACCUCUAAGAACCCAUUGCCAAAUCCAAGGUCAUGAAGAUUUACUUGUUUUCUUCUAAGAAUUUUAUCUUUUCAGCUCCGACAUAAAUAAUAUUGCAAUGCAAUAUUUCAAAAAUCAAAACGAAUGCAAAAAGUCCAUGAUGAACAAAAUAUCAACAAUUUAAAUAAAGGCCAAAUCUGGCCCUGCACUUGGUGUAUGCCCUGGAUUCUUGCAUCCUGGGGCGGGGGCAGAUUAAACGAGGGGAGCCCAUUGGCUUGGGGCUGUGUGUGGUUGAUGGCAGAGUUCGGACCCGGCUGGUCCAGAGGGAGAAGCCACUACUGCAGGCGACAGAACGAUUUUUCCGCGGCAAAUCCUUGAGAAGGGAGGAUGGGAAGCGGCGGGACCACCCAGUGAAGCCGGCCCCGAACGCCAAGCCUGGAAGGAUGCGAGGCUCCCGCUCUCCACCACAAGCAACGAAGCCUGCAAGCUGUUCGAUGCCACACUGACCCAGUAUGUAAAAUGGACCAAUGACAAGAGUCUUGGUGGCAUCGAGGGCUGCCUGUCAAAGCUCAAAGCAGCAGAUCCGACCUUCGUGAUGGGCCACGCCAUCUCGAAUGGGCUGGUGCUGAUUGGCACUGGAAGCUCCGUGAAGCUGGACAAAGAGCUAGACCUGGCUGUGAAGACAAUGGUGGAGAUUUCAAGAACCCAGCCGCUGACAAGGCGGGAGCAGCUGCACGUGUCUGCAGUAGAGACAUUUGCCAAGGGGAAUUUUCCGAAAGCCUGUGAACUAUGGGAACAGAUUCUCCAGGACCACCCGACUGACAUGUUGGCCCUGAAAUUUUCCCAUGAUGCUUAUUUUUACCUGGGCUAUCAGGAACAGAUGCGAGAUUCUGUUGCUCGAAUUUACCCCUUCUGGACACCUGACAUCCCCCUAAGCAGCUAUGUGAAAGGUAUCUACUCUUUUGGCUUGAUGGAAACCAACUUCUACGAUCAGGCAAAAAAACUUGCCAGAGAGGCUUUAUCCGUGAACCCGACAGACGCGUGGUCGGUGCACACCAUCGCUCACAUCCAUGAGAUGAAAGCAGAGAUCAAGGAUGGGCUGGAAUUCAUGCAGCACUCAGAGGCCCAGUGGAAGGACUCGGAUAUGUUGGCGUGUCAUAACUAUUGGCACUGGGCUUUAUACCUGAUUGAAAAGAGCUUAAUCAGGAGAACUGUAUUCUUCCAGGGCGAACAUGAGGCCGCGCUGACCAUGUACGACACCCACAUCCUUCCCAGCCUGCAGGCCAGCGGUGCAAUGCUGGACGUGGUGGACAGCUGCUCCAUGCUCUACCGCCUGCAGAUGGAAGGGGUGUCUUUGGGCCAGCGGUGGCAGGAUGUCCUGCCAGUGACCCAGAAGCACAGCCGAGACCACGUCCUGCUGUUCAACGAUGCACACUUCCUGAUGGCGUCCCUGGGUGCACACGACCCCCAGACCACACAGGAGCUGCUGACCACCCUGCAGGAUGCCAGCGAAUCCCCAGGGGAGAACUGCCAGCACCUCCUGGCCCGAGAUGUGGGGCUGCCCCUGUGCCAGGCCCUGGUGGAGGCUGAGGCUGGGAAUUCUGACCGCGUCCUGGAGCUGCUCCUGCCCAUCCGCUACCGGAUCGUCCAGCUCGGUGGCAGCAAUGCCCAGAGAGAUGUCUUCAACCAGCUGCUGAUUCACGCCGCCUUAAACUGCACCUCCACUGUCCAUAAGAACGUGGCCAGGAGCCUUCUGAUGGAGCGUGAUGCCUUGAAGCCCAACUCACCUCUGACCGAGCGGCUCAUCCGCAAGGCGACUUCCGUCCACCUCAUGUAGCGAGCCAGCCUGGCCGCCUCCACCCUGCAGAACCUCAGCAAUGGCCUCGCUGGCAUCCAGUUAGCUGCUCCAUCGGCUUAGGGAGGGGAGACGGCCAGAGUCUGUUUGUUAGGGCUGUUAGAGGGUGAUCUUUAGUUUUACAGGAAAGGGGUCAAAGGUUAAUUUUAAAUGUGAUACUGAAUCUUCUUGCAGUCCUCGAGAAGGGCCAGCAUGUCUUUUUAGCAGUCACAGCCAGUGUAGGUGCUGCUCUCUCCACCUGCCUUACAAAUUCUAUUUCCCCGGGGGAAUGUGUCUACUGCCUGGUGGUUCAGGGCAGGGGUGGGGGCUGAUUCUGCUGGGACGAGUCUUCCCGAGGCAGCUUCCCCCCACCAUCUGUCCCCCUCCCCACCAGGCUACCCUUGGGAUGGACCUUUUCAUUUACUUUUCCAUAUAUUCUAGACAGGUUCUGUCGUCUCGCUGUGUUGCUGUCCCAUGUUUCAGGUGAGGGUACCAAGGGUAGGGGACCUAGUGGCCCGCCUGCUGCCUUUGGCCUCAGCCCCCUGCUGCUGCAAGCCCUCCUUGCGGAUGAACGUGCACAUGGGGUCCUCUGUCUCUGGGGCGAGUCUUCGGGCCCCUGGCGGGGACUGUGUUACUGCUUGGACCGGUUUCUCUUUAAACUGCACAUCAUUGGAGGGCUUCAUGUCCACUGUUUUAAUCAUAAACACACUUCUGAAGUGCGAAGGUUGAGCUCGGGGCUGCUCUGUUGUGGCGGCACCCAAAAUGCUGUGAUGUGUGGCUGUGACAAGCUUGGAACGGCUCCUGCUUCCCCACUGAGCGCCCUCCUGAAUGUGCUGCCAACUCAGUUGUCUGCUUUCAGCCUUUCUGUGGAGUGGUCCCCGUGCACAGAUGUUUUUCAAGUUCCUUCAGUUUGUACUGAACUUAGGGAGGGAUUCAUCAGGGCAGGAAGCAGGCAGACUUCCUAGAAGGGAGAGGAAACCUCCAAAUCUAUUGAUUGCCCACAGUUUGCUGGAGCCCAGGAUUAAUUCAGGGAUUAAAAUGAAUUAAUCGGUUCCUCUAA